AAAACAAAGGUAAUUAGGAAAACGGCGUAUUAAUAAAGCAGUAAUCCAACUAAAAUUAAGUUAUUACAGAGCGGCACUAAUUCUUCAGACAAAGGUGUCGAGGCGGCAUCCGCCAGAUUGAGGAAGGAGCUGGAGGAAUUAAGUUCAAUGGCAAUCAGUUAUAUUUCGAUAAACAAGUUCGGCAAAGCGGUAGAAAAUAUAAGCAUUGCGGAAAUACUUUCCAAAAUCAUAGACACCAAUGUCACAGGAGUAUUGAAAAGAUUUCCACCGACUUGUCCAAAUUUUUCGGGGGCAGAUGGAGUUCGUACCAUUAAAGUGUCCGACUUGGAGCCAUUCGAGGUGCUUUGUGGCUCCAAUUUGUUUGGUGCCGGCUGGAUGGUGAUCCAAAAACGCAUUGAUGGAAAUUUGAAUUUCUUUCGAAAUUGGACAGAGUAUACCUUGGGCUUUGGCAAUAUAUCCCACGAGUUCUUUAUUGGAUUGAAAAAGUUGCAUUCCAUCACUUUGUUGCAACAACAUGAGCUCUUCGUAUACAUGGAGGAUUUCGAAGGGGGUUGGCGAUAUGCGCUUUAUGAUGAUUUUGAGAUUGGCAACGAAGGGGAAUUUUAUGCUUUAAAAAAGUUGGGACAUUAUUCGGGCAAUGCUGGCGACUCCUUGGUAUAUUCCAGGACUGCAAAGUUCUCCACAUACGAUAAGGACAACGAUGACUACACCGAGAGUUGUGCGAUUAAAUUUAUGGGGGCCGGCUGGUUCAAGAAGUGUAUGCAGACCAAUCUCAAUGGACUGUAUUUAAACGGCAAUUAUUCGAGUGAAAGCGGUAUGAAGGCGAAAGGCGUGUAUUGGCAUCACUGGCAUGGUUCAUACUACUCUUUAAAAACGCUUAGCAUGAUGAUACGUCCAAAAAAAACAUGCCCAUUUUUCGAUGGACAACCCUAAUUGAUAACGCCAAUAGAAACAAGUCCAUUCUUUAAUUGUCAAUGUUUUGUAAU